AGUCGUUGCGAUUUAUACAUUAACGAAUAGAAAUGUUCUGGUAGAGUUGAUGUGUGGUAGUUGUGCGAUUAAAUUUUGAUAGAAAUGUAAAUGUGUCAUAUAAUAAGUACGAAUUUAAGCUAAGUCCUGUACUCGAUUGUCAACAAAGUUGAGAACCUCUAGCAUCAAAUUUUUUAUCUACGAAAAUGACUGUAGCGACAUCUGUGCUUAACAUUUGUAACUAGACCUUAACGUUAGGGAGUUUAGAUGAUUAGAUGAUGAUGAAAAGUAUAGGGAUCUGUGCGUUCAGUCUUCGGUACGGUCACAGACACAGCAGUAAUAGGGUUAUGCGACCACACUAGCGAUUCGCAUAUAUAGAGACUGUUGUAGCUCUGCUGCUGGAACGUCAGUCGCAUUGGGGCCUUUGAUCGUGGGUGUACGAGUUUUUACCAGAUAACGUGUUUUCUCCCGUCGAGUGUGGGUGUGCAUGAAUCUCAACAGUUUUUCCACGAUCUAAAUGCCGUGAUGGACGAGGCUUCGACGAACGAUCCUGGCGGUGGAGAAGCCUCAGGACCACUCAUCUGCGCCGGCUGUCUCAAUGCCAUCGAAGAGGAUGAAUUUAUCCAAGCCCUCAACCAGGAAUGGCACAUCGACUGUUUUCAAUGUUCAGCGUGUGACGCGGCAUUGUCAUCUUGGUACUUUGAAAAAGAUGGAUUGUUGUUUUGCAAGGAUGAUUAUUGGGCAGCUUACGGAGAAGCUUGCCAAGGCUGUGGCCAAGUCAUCACCGGGCCAGUUAUGCUGGCGGGAGAACACAAAUUUCAUCCAGAAUGUUUUGCCUGUAAUUCAUGCGGUGCUUUCAUCGGUGACGGCGAGAGUUACGCUCUUGUUGAGAGAUCAAAACUUUACUGUGGCAAUUGUUACAAACGUCAGAUGCAACCGCUCAAGAGAACAGCGAAUUAUCCGUUUCUGCGCAAACCUCACAGCAUCAGACUCGUCGAAAUUCCACCAAGUACUAAGGAUGCUGAGAAAAUGAGAAACAUAAAAUUAACGGUCGAUGCGACACCAAGUCCACGCAAUUGCGGAUGCGCUUUACUUCGCAUUUCCGAGUUAUUGAGAAAUGUACGUGGAAAAAUCAAUAAGCUGGUCUCCUCUGUGAUGGAGGUUCUGUUUAGGCUUUGCUGCCGUUUCUCUAAUCAUAGGCUCAAUAUGUCUGGCGAUCUAAUGUCACUCCACAUAGGCGAUCGAAUUCUCGAGGUCAACGGUACGCCGGUUAAGGAUCAACCGGUCGAGAGCAUCGAAAAUAUAAUACGUUACUCGGACACUGUGCUGCAGCUGACGAUCGAGCACGAUCCCGAUGCUCUGUCACGACGUACGAAUUAUCCAACGACACCAUCGGCGAUAUUAACGACCGCCGUUAGCCCGAGAACGAGCCCCGACAGCAAGGAGAGACUCUUCAAACGUCGUGACGAGGGUUACAUAAGCGGAAAUCGUAGCAGACAAUUGCGAAGAACGAGAGACCCGACGAACAAAGAACGAAGCAGUUCGAUGUCACGAUUGCUCGACGGUUCGCCACCUUCAAGUUCCACAUGCGAUUUGAGUCGCACGAGGUCGUUCCGCGUCGAGCCGAAAAAUCAGCGAAUAUUUCGUGCCAGUGAUCUCGUCAAGGGCGAAUUGUUGGGAAAAGGAUUCUUUGGACAAGUGUACAAAGUUACUCAUCGUGACACAAACGAGAUAAUGGUAUUGAAAGAGUUGUACAGAGUCGACGAGGACGCUCAGAAGAAUUUCCUCAAAGAGGUUGCGGUGUUGCGGUCCCUUCAUCAUAACAACGUGCUCCGUUUCAUCGGUGUAUUGUACAAAGAGAAAAAGCUGCAUUUAGUUACGGAGUAUAUAUCCGGUGGAACACUCCGUGGGUUGUUGCACGAUUGUAACGAGCCGUUGCCCUGGGAGCAGCGAACGUCGUUUGCGAAGGACAUAGCAGCUGGUAUGGCAUAUUUGCACUCGAUGAACAUCAUACACAGGGACCUGAAUUCGCACAAUUGUUUAGUGCGCGAGGACAAGACAGUGGUAGUGGCAGAUUUUGGGUUAGCGCGAAUAAUUCAGAACGGGAAUUCACCGGAGAAGGGAAAAUACGGUAGGCAGGGAGGCGGGGAGGGAAGCGAAGUGAGGUGUUCGAAGAAAGAGCGUAAGAAGCGUUACACUGUGGUGGGAAAUCCUUAUUGGAUGGCGCCAGAAAUGAUGAAGGGAAACAAAUAUGACGAGAAAGUUGACAUAUUCAGUUUCGGGAUUGUAGUUUGCGAGAUAAUCGGUCGAGUCCAAGCGGAUCCGGACUAUUUGCCGCGGUCGUCGGACUUCGGUCUCAACCAGAAAGUAUUCCGUGAAAAAUUCUGCUCCAAUUGCCCCGAAACUUUUUAUAUGAUCGCUUUUCUAUGCUGCGAUUUGAACCCCGACAAACGACCACCGUUCGAAGUCAUGGAAGUCUGGCUCGAAGGCCUCGCGAUGCAUCUCUCGGUCGGAGCGCCCUUGCCGCCCGAUUUGGAUUCUGAUAUCCGACAUUACACGGGCCCCAGUCCAAGCAGCAGCGAAUCCACGACUCCGGAAACUCUCGGGCCUCAAUUGAAACCCAUCAAAGAAGGUUUGGUCCACCAGGAGAAAAAACGAGUCAAUUGCUGCGAGGACAGCACCCUAGAACGCGAGCCCAGCAUCAAGGACUCGAACGAGUUCAAAGUCCCCGAAACCCCCAACGGCCGAGGGCGUUAUUCACGACAAAAUAGCAAACAAAAUGAAAAUCCUUCGACGGGCAGAUUUUCCCGACAAAAUUCACGCUCCAAGGAAAAAAUCGAGCUCGAAAAACCCGGAAUCAUUAUUUCCCCGGAUGUGAGCGGUUUCAGUGGGCGAUAUCUGCGUCAACCGAAAAUCCGCAGCGAGACCAAACUCGAAGAAACUCCUACUCCCAGUGAAUACAAACGAUCUAACGCGAAUCUCGAAGAUUCCAAGAGCUCGAGAACGAAAGUUCAGAGGAUAAACAAACCGGAGGAAAUGGAGACUCCGCUCGUUGAGAAAAUUAAAUACGUUGGCAAUUCCUCGAGUCCGGAGAACUUCGAGACUCCUGCGGAGCCUCAAAAACUCGACAAUAAUUACAUGUACAGAGUAAGCAGUCCGCAAUCUUGUAAAAAGCAGGAAAGUUCCCGAGACGUGAUAACGUCGCCUCUGAAACCCGACAAAUCCUGGAUUUCCCACGAAACGGGAAAUCUCGUUGGUUCGUAUUUCAAGCAGAUAAGUAAGCUGAAGAAUUCCCUUGAAAAGGGAAACAAGUCAUUGACGAGACAGCACAGUUUGAACGUCAACACUCGAGAGACUCGAAAAAAUUCCGUCGAUCUUGGCAAAUGUUCGCCGAGUUCCUAUUUACGAAGGAUGAAAAUAUCCCCGACGAAGGAACAGACGAAAAACGCUUUUUCCCGACCACCGGAAGCCGAUGCGUCUAACAAAUCGCCGGAAAUCGAAGACUCGAAAAAAUCUGUGCGAAGCGGCAGAGAAAUUUUCAAGGACUUCAGACACAACGAUCUCUCCAGACAAGACAGUCUCGCUUCCAGUGUCGGCAGCAUUUUGUCGAGACACUCGAGUCUAACGACCAACGAUACUCUCACGAGAAUCAAGAGAGUCAACGAGGAUCGAGCCUGCAGGCCGAAGGAACGAUCCGACAAGCCCGAUCUCUCGAGGCACGACAGUUUCGACUCGAAUUCGAGUACCCUUAAGAAAACCGACCUCUAUCACACCGACAGUUUUUGCUCGAAUGACAGCACCCUUAAGAAAGAAGAUUUUCCUCUUUUCAAUCGCGAUUUCCAGUCCAUCGAGCCCCACCUCAACGCCAGUGGCGAAAACGACGAAACUUCCUACUCCAGCGAGUAUCCCGACGGCAGCAGAUCCUCUGAAAUUCCAACCAGUCAACGAAACCCCGCGAAACGAACUUUCUCCAGUUUCAGACUUUCCCCAGAGUCCAUCAACGAUUACACUUCCUGCUACAAGGAUCUUUGUCGACAAGACAGCUUCGGCUCCGACAGCGCCGUCGGCACCAUGCGAAGCGACUUUUUCGCCGACAUCGAUCUUGCCAAAUUACGCCUCGAUAACGAAGCUCGCGAUAUUUGCUGCAGCAAAGACCUCUGCAGAACACCUAACCGCGGCGCUUCUCCCAUCGAAAGCACCGCCCUCUAACUUUCAUCUUCGAUAACGAACCUUCUAUUUAAAUAAAAGUGCUCUUAUAGCGCAUUUGUAGGUUUAAGCAUAUUUGUAUAAAUACGAACAAAGAGAACAUUACGAUUGCGGUUUACGACUAAAAGCAGUAAUGGCCACGUCUCGUUUUACUCUGGAAUAGCGAGUGCUUAUUCAACUUGAAAUUCUCCAUCGAAUUUCACCUCGUUACGAAUUUUUAACGCACUUUUUUCCAAACUCAACUCUUUCUCCAAAUUUUUCAAGAAAAUUUCAAGUUAAAUUUCCAAAACUUAAUAAAGUUAUGGAACUUUCGAAAAAGUGAACACUUCAAUUCGUUGGAGGGAAAAAACAUUUUUGACGAAUCCUUUGCAAACGUCAAUAACUCGUUGUUUUGGCGGUUCAUUUAAAAACGUUGAGAAACAUGUUUCUAAAAAGUCGUAAAAAAUUAUUACAAGAAUUCGGUGAAAUUUAGGCUCGUAAACAAUAAUCAAUCACCGCUGAGUUUAUGAGCAAUGAAAUAACAAAAAGCUAUUUCGAAGUAAGGACGAACGACCGUUUCUGUCUAGAAAACUUCGAGGGACCGAAGGGACUGAUGCAAUAACGUACUGACUCCGAGAGAAUAACAUCGCUUUAAGCUUUUUAUAAGGAGACAAAAAAAAACGAAAACUCGAGUUUUCAUCUGUAUACAUUGAUUAUUGCGACGUCAAGAGUUCACAUUUCCUUUAAUCUCAGAAACUAACGAAUCUGCUUCACUGAACUUCGGUUCUGCGCCCUCGAAAUCCUCGUUUAUUCGAUCGUACGUAAUUAUAAAUAUUCUUGCACUCUGCGAAGAUAGAAAGCGGAAAUGGGCAUGAUUCGAGUGAAAAAAAACUGAUCGGGAAUUGCAAAAUUUCAAAACAAUUUUAAGUCGAUUUUUGUCAUUCUUUGGGCUGUAAAACAAUUUCCCGCAAGUUUUUUUACCCCGAAAAUGUUCAUUUUCGUUGAAAAAAGACAAAAAGUCAUAAAAACGGUAUUAACGCGCGAUAUUCCUUGCCGAUGGGACAGAUGCAUUCCUAAAAUAAUCUUGCCGUUCACACGAGCUCCAUUUAAGAGUGAAUUGAUUCAUUGAAUUUCGAACGAAAACAUUCCAUCCUAAAAAGACUUUGGUUUCGAUGUAUCGAAGAUAUUAAAAUAGAUAAAAAGUCUAGAAUUUUGGUAAAAAAAGGGAAACAAAAAAAAAGAGAAAACUACAUAGUGAAAAAUAGGAAAGAGAGAAUAAUUGAAAAGGAGUGAGAACGAUUUGUACAAUUGUAACGUUUAGGGGAAAAACGAAAAAAAAAAACAAAACAAAACAAUUAGAUGUUUUUGUAACUCAAUUUUAUUUCGUAUUUUGUACACGAGAUAUUUUAAACUCGAAAAAAAGUGAAUAGGUGAAUGAAAAAAAGAUUAGAAUUACGAUUGGAAGUAAUCGAGUACGUAUGCAGGUCCACGAAAAACUUGGGUCGAUCAUUUUUCUUGUUGUUCUUCUCCAGACACUCGUCACCGAGUCUCACGAGGCCUAAUUUGACUAAAUGCUAAUCAUCGUUCCUUGCCACGGGCUAAAAUUUUCAAUAAACACACAAAUAUACGAAGGUAAAUUAUUGAUAUUUGACGAAGAUUCGAUGAGGAGGAAAUAAAAAUGAUGCCAAUGUAGAAAGGACCUGCGUAGGUUAUCGCAAUUUGUACAUAAUUAUUUGUACAUAAUUUACCGGAACUCGUCAUUUUCAAAACACUCGUUGUCUCGUUUGUUUUUUUUUUGUUUAUCAUUGCAACUCUCAUUAGCUGCUCGAACGAAAGAACAAGCGAACGAACGAAUGAGAUGAAAGUUUAUUAAAAGAAGAAACAAUUCCGUCGUACGUUCUCUCGUAGCUUUGUUUACGCUUAUUAAUGUAAAACUAAUUGUUUUUCUCCUUUAUUUCCUUUUCUUCAACGUCCCUGGACAGAAGAGAUUGAGGAGCGAAUUGUUAUCGAUCGGGACGAAAAAAUCACUGAUCGGAAUGAAGCUCACGGUUUCCCACGAUCGAAAUAUUCCCGGAUGUGAAUUUCCUCCCAAUCCAAAUCUGCGGCGCGCAGACUCAAACGAUGAAUCUAACGAUAGCUGAACGGAGACACAAUCAAAACGAGGUAAACCUUGGGCACGAAAUGAGCCAAGUUUACUGAGCCAAUUUCGUGCCCAUUGACUUCCUUAUCAAAAUUCCAAGCAGGACUAUUUGUUCGAGAUCUUUUUUUCGAUCAGAUUUACCGUGCACUCAAUUUUCUGAGGAGCUGUACUUAUUUAUUUAUUACGAGGAAACAAAAACUACAAACGAAAAAAGUGAGAAAAACAAAAUUGACAUUUCUAUCGAUCAGUUGCGACUGUCCAAGAGAAAAUUAUUAUUAUUGGCAUCAGUUAUUGAAAAGGUUUGUCGUUCAUCAAGAUUUUACGUGAAUAGAUAAAUAUCUAUACGGGAAAAACAAAAUGAAGAAGAAACAACAACGGAAAAGCCAUUAUUGUAUAUGAAUAUUUUGACGAAUGAUCGAUGCCUUCUCAAUAUCGUUACCCGCGAAUUAACAGAAGAUAAUAUGCAUAAACGUUAAUUGUCUGUGAUAGAAAGUGUUUUGAAAUUGUCUAGAUGAUGAUGAUGAUGAAUUAUAUUGAACGAUUGUAAUAAAAUUCUACUAUUAUAUAAGUUUAAUAUAUAAUGUAAAAAAAAAAGAAAAAAAAACAGCAAAUACUCGUAUAACGUAGCACGUAUAACACGCCAUUAACCCUACUGAACGAAGAUUCAUACAGAAUUUCGAAUUCCUUAGUGGGCCUGUGUAAAGAAAAAAAGAAAAAAAAAACAAACGAGUGAAGGAAAUUUUACGUCAAGUGAACGAUGGUAUUCAAAUUUGCAUCUCCGAAAAGCACCAAAAGUCGAUUAAUUUCGUUUUUUUUUUUAUUGUUUUAUUUUUUGAGCUCACGGUCAUUGAGAUUGAUUCAAAUUUUUUUCAUGCAGGGCUCACAAUGAGGAGUGGGAAACGAAAAAUGCUUUUUGUAGUUCGAUUUCCAAUUCCUUCGCCCUCUUCGUCAUUUUUGGCUUGGAAUUUCGUGGCUUUUGAGUGCGGAGGGCGCGAAGAAAAAUAUUGAAUAUUUCGAAAAACUCGGAAAAUUGUAGAAAAUUUUUUUCUAUUGGGUACAGAAACUAUGGAAAUUUGAAUACCACGAAGACGAGCAGUGUUUCUCUGAUGAGAGGGCUCCGAAGCAAAAAAAUGAUUUUGCACAACUUCCAUUCGGAGUUAUGAAUUACAACCUCUCGAAUACCUGUGUGCAGUAUUAACAAAUGAGAAAUAGUUGAAAAAAAGUGAUUGACACAUGAUCGAUCGAGUGCUCGCAGUAUUACGUUGAAUUUUCACGAAAUGUAUCCACGAAGAAUCUCAGACGUAGCAUUUGAUACCUUUAGUACACGCGUUCACCUGUUGAAUUGAAAUUCUAUGAUGACUUUAACGAAUUUACAAAAUUAGGAAUUAAACAAGAGAAACAAUACGAAAAAAAAAUUAAGUUAACGCGACGAAAAUAUAUAUAAACUCGUAAGAGAAUUAAAUCAAAUCGGCGAUUUAACAUUCCACUAACGCACGGAAAGAGGGCGUGGAUGAAUAAAUUGUUUUCUCACGUAUACGAUACCGCAAA